AUGAUUUCGGAAACUUCCCAAGUAGCUCUACCCCAGCCUAUUCAACGAAUCACAAUUGAGGAACUAAAGCCAUUCCCUUUACCAAAACUGCUAGAUUCUCUACCGAAAAGAACGUUUGAAGAAUUCAUCAACAACAAGGAACUAAUCCAAGGAUACAUUCAUCAACUUGAAGCUUACAAAUCAAAACUCAAUGAAGUACGUGAACAUGCCACGCAAGUGUCAUCAUUACUUCAAUCGGAGAUCAACGACACUUUAAUUCCACAGUAUCAACAAGUAACAAACAAGAUCAAUCAACAAAUUAAAACUCUUGCACAACUUCAUAAUGAGUUUUUGAAUUUGGAAACCAUACAGUAUCAAACCAUGUCAUCCACUUUCAAUGAAGAGCUUUUGAAGUUGAAGUUUAAGAAGUUGAUUGAGAAGAAUGAUGAAGAGAGUAGAGAUUUAGUGAAAAGUUUCAAUUCAAAUGAGUUCACUGAUGAUCAACUAGCUGAUACUUUAGAAAAGUUUAAACAAAGUAGAAAGAUGUACCAUUUCAGAAAAGAGAAGCUCAAUCGCUGGGAGGAGCAAAGGGUCAGUGGCAAUGUAUAUUCCGUAUGCUCCUUAGGAAUCACCAAUAGGAGGUUCUUAUCCACCUCAUUCAGAUCAUUGAACAAGAUCAAGCCACCAAAAGCAACCAAUGCCUCUUCAUCAAUUCCACCACGUAAGGUCGAAGUAUUGCAAGCAUCGUUUUUGGGAAAAGUGUUCAAAUAUACAUUGGGAGCAACUGUACUUGGUGUUUUAGGAGGUGCCGGAGUCGUUGCUUACAAGAUUUAUGAAGAAUCUACACCCGCUAAGCAACAAAAGCAAACACCUUUCUUUCCUAAUGGACAAAAGAAAAAGACCUUGGUUAUCUUGGGUUCUGGUUGGGGAUCAAUUCCAUUAUUGAAAAACUUAGAUACUACUUUGUACAAUGUUGUUAUUGUUUCACCAAGAAAUUAUUUCUUGUUUACCCCCUUGUUACCAAGUGUUCCUACCGGUACUGUUGAAUUGAGGUCUAUUAUUGAACCAGUGAGGUCCAUCACUAGGAGAUGUCCUGGUGAAGUGAUCUACUUGGAAGCUGAAGCUACUGGAAUUGAUCCAACUAAGAAUCAACUUUACUUGAAACAAAGUACCACUGUCCAUUCAGGUCAUUCCGGUAAAGACACUUCAUCAUCUAAAUCUACCGUUUCUGAAUAUACUGGAGUUGAAGAAAUUUCAACAACUUUGAACUAUGAUUAUUUGGUGGUUGGAGUCGGUGCUCAACCAUCAACGUUUGGAAUUCCCGGUGUUGCUGAACACUCAACAUUCUUGAAGGAAGUUAGCGAUGCGUCAACCAUUAGAAGACGGUUGAUGGAUGUGAUUGAAGCCGCCAACAUUUUACCAAAAAGUGAUCCUGAACGUAAGAGAUUGUUACAAAUUGUUGUCUGUGGAGGUGGUCCAACUGGUGUUGAAGCUGCUGGUGAAAUCCAAGAUUACAUUGAUCAAGAUUUGCACAAAUGGGUUCCUGAAUUAGAAGGUGAGUUGAAAGUUACUCUAGUGGAAGCAUUACCUAAUGUAUUGAACAGUUUUAAUAAGAAGUUGAUUGAUUACACAAAGGAAGUAUUUAAAGACACCAACAUCAACUUGAUGACAAACACCAUGAUUAAGAAAGUUGGAGACAAGUUGCUUACCGCCUCACAAAAACAGCCAGAUGGAUCGACAAAGACUGUUGAAAUUCCGUAUGGUGUAUUGAUUUGGGCUACUGGUAAUGCGGCUAGAGGUUUCACUCGUGAUUUGAUGUCCAAAAUCGAAGAGCAAAAGAAUGCCAAGCGUGGAUUAUUACUUGAUGAGUAUUUGAAAGUUGAUGGUACUUCAAAUAUCUUUGCCUUGGGAGAUUGUACAUUCACCAAAUACCCACCAACUGCACAAGUUGCUUUCCAGGAAGGUGAGUAUUUAGCAAAGUAUUUUGAAAAAUUGCAUCAAGUUGAAAGUCUUCAAUAUCAAAUUGAACACCCAGCUCCAAAGCAAAGUGUUGACAACUUGGGUAAAAAAUUGGCCAGAGCUGAGAAAAACUUGCCUAAAUUCCAAUACAACUAUCAAGGUUCAUUAGCUUAUAUUGGAUCGGAAAAGGCUGUUGCUGAUUUGGUUUGGGGUGAUUGGUCAAACAUUACCAGUGGUGGUAACUUCACCUUCUUGUUUUGGAGAUCAGCUUAUAUCUACAUGUGUCUUUCCGUAAAGAAUCAAUGUCUCGUUGUCUUGGACUGGAUGAAGGUUGCCUUGUUUGGAAGAGACUGCUCAAAGGAAUAG